GUGUAGUUCCAUAGUACCCUGCUAGCUUACGAUCUUUCAAAAGAAACAUUACUAAUAAAACAGUGUCACAAACAAUAGUGCAGUCUCUUGAGGGUACAAUGGAGGGUGAAACAAAUAAUGGAAGCGGUGUUGCUGAGCGUAUAUGUUACAUUACACGAGUGGAGAGUUUUAGUGCUUGCCAUCGCUUGCACAGUAAAUCAUUAAGUGAUGAAGAAAACAAGAAGAUAUUUGGAAAAUGUAACAACCCUCAUGGCCAUGGCCAUAAUUACAAAGUUGAGGUGACAGUACGAGGAAAGAUUGACCGGCAGACCGGCAUGGUGAUGAACCUCACCGACUUGAAACAAUACAUAGAGCAGGCUAUCAUGAAACCGCUUGACCAUAAAAAUCUUGACAAGGACGUGCCAUACUUUGCCAAUGUUGUUAGCACGACUGAAAAUGUGGCCGUGUAUAUUUGGGACAGCUUAGUACAUUUGCUCCCCCCUAACAUGCUCUAUGAGAUCAAAGUGCACGAAACAGACAAAAAUAUUGUGGUUUACAGGGGCGAAUAAUGAAUCAGUGCCCUGUGCAGCUUUUCCAGUUGAAUACUGUAACUGCAGCUCAGUAGAGUCCCUGUUUUUAAGACUUUGUCUGCAUUUAAGUGUAUUAAGUUACUCAGUGAAGGUGGCACAUACAGGGAGCUGCCAGCUGUAAUGAUUCGCGGAAAUCACCGAGACUUUGUCUCAGCCAAUGGGCCACGUGAGGCUGAUCCAAUUAAACUCAGACUUUACAGCAGUUACUGUGAAGCAACUAUUUUCCAAAUUAGUAAAGAAUUUUACUUUCUUUAGUAUUCCACACUGAAUAGUUUUAUCAAAUGUGAAAAAUGAUAUAGCAUUCAGUAAAAAAAAAGUUCUAGUAUCAGCUAUUGUGGUUUUUGUUAAGAAAUUAAUAUAAUUGAAAAAAUCCUCCUGUUUUAUUUAAUUCCUGUCAGACAGAUGACUUUAAUGACACCAACAGGGGGCAUUCUAAGAGCUGGUAUUUUUUUUUUCUUCACUUUCUUUUUUUGACAGUAGCAAAUGCCAGCAAGACAUAUUUGAACUAUUAUUUUCCACAGCUGGAUUUGUAAGUAACCAAUGAAACACACACACACACACACACACACACGCACUUACUUUUAUCCACUUGGAAGAAAUGGAGGCAGAAAUCAUUGGGGCAUACAAAUCACUGUAAUUAUGCUAACCUGACUACCAUGUUGAGCAUAGGCAAGCGUUAUGUAGAAUCUCAUCUUUUAAUCUCAUAAUACCACACUUUUUCGUUUUUUUAAAAUAUAAAUUUAUACUUGCUUUUUACUGUUUAAAUGUGCCUCCAGUACUGGGAAACAUUAAUCUCAGCAGUCUGUGUUGAUUUAUGACAAUAUCUCUGGUUUUCUCUUGAAUGUUUGGAAAAUUCUCAGCAGAGACUUCAGUUGACAAGAAACAACAAAUGUUCCAUGAUAUAUUAACCUCUUAAAUACAUAUCUGUGGGAUUAAUGUAAUAAUUGCUCUGUCAAAUGUAUAUUUUAAACCUCAUAAACCAAAACUGAAAUUACACAGACCAACUUAGUAAUUUGUAAAGCUGUUGUCCACUUUUGAGUUUUAAUAAAAUAUAUCCUACUAAUUAGGAUACCAAAAA